AGGUUUGUGUUUGGAAAAUGCAGUCACAGUAGAAUCAGGUGAAGAGUGGGAAGUCAUAGGCCAUUGUUUAGAGUCUAUUCAUUGAUUUUCAUUGUGGAAAAUGGCUGUAUAAAAAGUUUCUGAAUUACAUAUUUAUGUCUUAGACACUUGCUCAGUAGUUGCAGUGAGCUGUAAGAUGUCUUUAUUUUAAUGUGCAUUGCUUGAAUCAUACAUAGCUACUGUUUUGGCACAAACUUCAGCGUUUAAUUUAAACUGAAAAAGCAGGAGGGUUAGAUGUUGUUAAACAGUUCUGUAAAGAUCUGUGCAGUUUAUUGAUAUUCAUUUUUAUUUUUUUAUAGGUACACUAUAGCUUUUUUUGUUCAAAAUUAAAAAAAACAAAAAAAACAUUAAAUUAUGAGUCAAUACAUUAUCAAUCCUUCUUCCAAAACAUGUUUUUGUCUUACCCUGAUUCACUGUGGUAAGACUAUUAUAAGUGUAUAUAUUUUAGACUGGACGGGGUUGUUUUCGCGGGAAAUCGCGUAAAUACGUCACUCGCCCGUGCGUGUCUCCUCAUAUCCGUAAAUAGAGAAAAUUUGCUCCGGCUGCUUUGACACAUGUAUGUUGUGGGGAUGGCAGAGGUUAGUUGUCAGAACGAGCGAGAAAGGUUGACAUGUAUACAGAAAACAAUCACAAAGUUCGAGAAUCCAUCAAUAAGGAUCAAUGACCCAAAUGUGUGGAGUGUGUUAAGGCACACAGAGGCAGCUCACGGGACUGCAGUGACCAGAGAGAGAGAGAGAGAGAGAGAGAGAGAGAGAGAGAGGACAGUGAGCAGGGUUGUGAUGACAGCAGCUGAUCCUGUCUGAAUCCUCUUGGCUCGCGCCCUGUCGGUGCCCGCUGUACCCACGCUGGCAGCAGAGCAGGCUGGUGGCUGCGGGCAACUCCUGCCAACUCGCGGCCUAUUGAGAGGCAGUCUGACGGACACAAAUGCGAACGACAGACUUGCUGCAUCAACAGCAAUCAACGGCCAACCCAUUUCUGCUGCUGUGGACGGAAUUAAACCAUAAAUACCCCCCAGGUCCCCUCCACUCGCCCGGCACACCCUCACCUGCACACACACUCACACACUCACACACUCACACACACUCGCACUGAGACAGAGUGGAGGUGUGAGAAGAACUGACAAGAGAAACAGAGAUGUCGGAUCAGCAGGGAGUCCCAGAUCAGCAAGUCGCUGGGAAGAGCCAAGGAGGAGCAGGAGCAGUUUACAAGGUCUCACUGUAUGAAUUCGAGAACUUCAGAGGAAAAAAGGUCGAGCUGUCAGCAGAAUGCAAGGACUUGAUUGAGAAGAACUUGGAAAAAGUUGGAUCAGUCAUAGUUGAGUCUUGCCCAUGGGUCGCCUUUGAGCAGAAAGGCUUUUUGGGAGAGCAGUUUGUUUUGGAGAAAGGAGAAUAUCCUCGCUGGACCACCUGGACCAACAGCCAGAGCAGCAACUGCCUCCUGUCCAUUAGACCCCUGAGAGUGGACAGUGCCGACCACAAACUACAUCUGUUUGAGAACAGCGGCUUUGCUGGAAGAAAGAUGGAAAUCGUGGAUGAUGACAUUCCCAGCUUGUGGGUUCACGGCUUCCAGGACCGUGUGGCCAGUGCAAAAGUUGUCAAUGGAACGUGGGUGGGCUACAUGUACCCUGGCUACCGCGGCCGUCAGUUCGUGUUUGAACAUGGUGACUACAAACACUGGAACGAAUGGGGAGCCACAGAACCACAGCUGCAGUCCGUCCGACGUGUACGCGACAUGCAGUGGCACAAACGGGGCUGCUUCCCUGUCCCUGUCCCUGUCCCCGUCCCCGACCCAGCUCCCAAACCCAAUCCCAACCCCAAUCCAAACCCCAAUCCUAACCCCAAUCCCGCGCCCAAUCCAGCCCCCAAUCCCGCUCCUCCUGCCCCAACCACCACGCCUGCCAGCAGCUGAAGGAGGGCGGCCCGCCCCGUCGCCGAUGACCUCUGCCCUGCACCUGCUCAGAGGGCCGCGAAGAAAGCUCGAAAGCAAAAGUGACUGCCUUGCCUCUUGUGUGUCUAUCAUUGGAAAUAAAGGCCUCGGCCCCAUGGUUUGA